AAUUGCUAUGAAUUUCCUAUCUUCACUUAAUUUGAGUUUGUCAAUACUCUAAAUUAAGUGUGACCUUCUUCUCCUACUUUUUUUCUUCCUUUGGUUGUUAAAUUUAAUUUAAGAGUAAAAUAUUUUGAGGAAAUUAAUUAAUUUUAGUAUUUAAUUAAGCAAAUGGAAAAAUUGAAUUUUAUAAAAAAUGGAGUGAGUAGAUUGCCACCUGGUUUUCGUUUCCAACCAACAGAUGAAGAGCUUGUUUUUCAGUAUUUGAAAUGUAAGAUCUUCUCAUGUCCCUUGCCUGCUUCCAUCAUUCCUGAGAUCAAUGUAUGCAAGUAUGAUCCUUGGGAUUUACCAGGAGGUUGUGAUGAACAAGAGAGACACUUUUUCAGCUGGAAGGAAGCUAAAUAUCGAAAUAGUAAACGCAUGAUGAGCAGAACAACCAAAUGUGGGUAUUGGAAGGCAACAGGGUCAGACAAAAAAAUUUCAUCACCAACUUGUAAUGGCAUUGUUGGCCUAAGAAAAACUCUUGUUUUCUAUGAAGGAAAAUCCCCAAAUGGUUCUAGAACUGAUUGGAUCUUGCAUGAAUAUCGUCUCAUCAAUGUAGAUACUAGUCCUUGCAACUCAACCCAGAAUUACUAUGGAAAUGAGAUAGGAGAUUGGGUUUUGUGUCGCUUAUCAAUGAGGAAAAAAAGUUUAGAAAGUGAAUAUGGAAGCACAAGUACUCAUCAUGCUCCUUCAAAAUUAAUGUUUGAUUUUAUGAUGGUAAGUAACAAGACAUGUUCUUCUACGUCCUCUUCAUGUUCAAGUUCCAGUAUUAACAACAUCGAGGUCUCUUCAAAUGCACCAGAUCAUCAACAAGAUUAUACUCAUUUUUAAUUAAGAGAGCACCCUUUUAUAAUAUGAUUAUCAGAUGCAUGCUUGUUUCCUAGCUAUUAAAAUCAAAAUAUUGUAAUAUGCUUAUUGUUCUUGUUUUCAAUUAAAUAAUAGUAAUUUCAUUUAGUUAGA